AUGCCAGAUAUCUUCUCUGAAAUUCCUUACGAAAUUGUAGUCAAAAUUCUUACUUUUUUACCUGCAAAAGAUCUUUGUUCCAUUUCUUUGGUUAACAAAAAUCUUUUGUCAUUCACCCAAGAUGAUUACGUUUGGCAAUCAAUUUGUAUUAGUCAAUUUCCUGCAAGUCGUAUUUCUGAGGAACGAAAAAAAAUGAUCAGAAAGGAGGCUACAUCACGUGUUCAAAAUACGAGCGAUACAGGCAAUCAAUCAGAUCAAAAUGGGAGCAAUUAUUCAGAUCAAGAAAUUUUUAAAGAAUCAGGUCAAGAUUUUUUUGAGGAAUCAGAAUCAGAUCAAUAUUUUUCUGAGGAAUCAGAUCAAAAUAUUUUUGAGGAAUCAGAUCAGGAUAUUUUUGAGGAAUCAGAUCAGGAUAAUUUUGAGGAAAUCAUUUUUAUUUCUAACUUGGGUCCUUCAGUAGAAAAUAACAAUGAUGUGACCUUAGAAGAUGAAAUUGAUGCUGAAACUGCUAUUCAUGAUGAAAAACUUUAUAACCACACUCCACAUCGUUCAUUGUACACUAAUAUUGCCCGCAAAAAUGAGUGGGUCGAGUAUUGUUUACCUUAUAAAAUUGUUAUACCUGAGCGAAAAGUUGUUGAUG